AUGUCAACGAGAAAAGACUUUUCACAAUACCAGGGCCCUUCCCAGGAAUGGGAGCAAUUUAUGAACGAGGAUCCCCCCCCUCGGGUGGAUACCACCAUUCCAGCAACUACAAUUCGGCAGCUUACGAAUGAGCUGCGUGUUCAAAUAUCUGAUAAGGAGCUUGGCAACAAUGGACUCGUGUAUAAAGUCGACUGGAGAGACUUUUCGAUCCCGACACGAGACGGGCAGGACAUAGUCGCUCGUGUUUAUCGCCCAAGAGAGUCUGUUACGGGGUUGGCACCGCCAGUAUACCUGUACUUCCAUGGAGGUGGGUAUCUCACCGGCAGCAUCGAGACGGAAGAUGCUGGCUGUAUAAGGCUAGCCUGCCAGGCCCGAAUCAUCGUAGUUAGCAUCAACUACCGCCACACCCCUGAGUUCAAGCAUCCUACACAGGUAAAUGAUGCCUGGGAUGCGUUUGAAUGGCUGGACGCUAAUGUUACUCGCAUUGGCGGCAACCCGAGCCGGGUCAUAAUCGGUGGAGUUUCAGCCGGGGGCGGGCUGGCAGCCUAUGUAACGCUUCGCCAGCAUCAUCUUGCUCAAAGCACACCUCGUCGACUCGGUCUCCAGGUCCGCGGGCAGAUUCUCUGUAUCCCCUGGCUGAUACACCCAGACAACCAUCCGUUUGCAAGUGUGCCGACAUCGUCCGUUCAACAGAACAUCGACGCCCCCAUGCUACCAAACAGUAUGCUGCGGCUAUUUACCGAUCUACUCGGCGCCGAGGACCCCACAGACCCGGCCCUGAACACUGCGCUGGCGGGAGAUGACGAGGUCGUGGGAUUGCCCAAGACAAGCAUUCUGAUUGCUGGCCAGGACCCGCUGAGGGAUGAGGCGCUGCUUUACUCGGAAAAAUUAAAGAGGAAUGGGCAAGUACUCCAUUGUUCUGUAACGAUCAUUACGAAGCUAAUGGAUCUGAUGUAG